GUGUUCAUUUCAUUUCAAAUUUUCAGAUUAUUUUCCAAAUGUUCAAUGGUAAUUAGAUAAAUUUAUUAGUUGGAGGUUAACCAAUUGCUCAACCUAGUCCUGAUUUGUAGUAGCAGCUAUGGAAAGCGAUGACAUUGCUCCACAUGCCAAUGGCAUCAAUAAGCCUAUGCAAGAAGACCAGCCUGAAGGCAAUGGCAAAAAUCCCGAUGAAGAAGAAUCACAGUCACAGCAAGAGUCUCAUAGUCGUGAUCAUCACAAAAGCCGCUCCAGAAGCCGGAGUGGAAGCAAGGAGCACCGACAUCACAGGUCACGAUCGAGAUCACGGGACCGUAAAAGAUCUAAACGGUCCAGAAGCAAAUCAAGGUCACAUGGUCGCAACAGCAGGAGUCCGCCCACCAUGGAGAGCGCCAGACUCCAUGUUGCUGAAUUGGAGUAUGACACGCGCAAGUCUGAGCUGGAGCGCAUAUUUGGCAAGUAUGGCACAGUGAGGGAGAUUUGGAUGGCAAGGAACCCGCCUUGCUUUGCCUUUGUGGUCUUCAAGCGACAAAGUGCUGCCGACAAGGCUGCUAUUGAGUGUGAUGGAAUGCGCAUCGGAAACAAGACAGUGAAGGUAACUCACGCACGCCCCCGCUUCAAGCCUGGCGCUGUUGGACAGGGCAGAGGCUUCGGAGACAUGCGGUGCUACCAGUGUGGAGAACUUGGCCACUUCUCCCGUAACUGCACCGACACUAAGUUCGGAUACAAGAGACCUCCCACUCCUCCGGGGUAUCACCGCCGGAGCUACAGCAGCUCCCGCAGCCGGUCCCGAAGCCGCUCCCGAUCCCGAACCCGAAGCUCCCGACGACGCAGAUCCCGAUCCCGGAGCCGACGUCGUUCAUCUCGGUCCCGCCGACACAGGUCCCGGGACAGGCGCAGUAGAUCCCGGGACAGGCGCAGUAGAUCUCGGGACAGGCGACCAAGCCGCCGAUCAAGGUCCCGGUGAGAACACUGAGAUGAACUUCGCUGAAACGAUUUUCGCCCUGUAGCAAAUCUCUGCAAAGAAAUCGUGGGACUGUAACAGCUAACGUCUGGCCGCUGAAAGUUCUACCAUAAUUUCCAGCUGAGUAAAUAUACGCUGGAACCUAUUGUCCAGGUCGCUGCCUGAGUAAAGUGGUCAUAUUUCUAUACCUAAUUAAGUUGCAUGUUUCAUCUUUCCCGUACAUUAAACCUGCCUUUGUAACUUCUAUGAACUGGGAAUAGUGCGAAGGUAAACUAUAGCAGUUUCGUUCCUUGAUGCUCGGUGAUAGUUUCGAGCGAGCAAGUUGAGACUAUGAAUAUAAUUAUGAAUCCAUUCCACACUCGCAACUAUGAUGAAUAAUCACUUCAAACAUCCGUUAGGCACCUCGUGUUAAAAUAACAUCAACAUAUUUUGCUCUCCAUUAAAAUAGAAGCAAGUGGUUUUCGAGGUAAUAUAAAGUUGACAUCGGCUCCCAUUCCUGAAGUUACUGAUGGACGUUAGGCGUCUAUCUAAUUACCACGCUGUGCAUUUUUACCUUUCACAAGUACGUAUAGAAAUAUUUGCUUUGCAUCAUGAUGCUGUGUAAGGAAAUAUAUUGCAAAUAUCUCUGCUAUAUAUCAUGAUGUCAUUGCUCUCUGAUAUUCAUCUCGCGAAACAUUUUAUACCGUGACUUGAUUCAUUGCUUUGCUCCGUGGGCGUGAAAGCUGUCAAGCUUUCACGAGGAUGGCUUUUGAACGACCUCAAAUAGAGGCGUUUUUUUUCUAGAUAUAUUAUCUAUAAUUGUAUUUUGUAUUAUAAUAUCGAUAGAGAAGCGCUUGUUCUUUAUUCAAUUUGAAGUCAUUUUCUACAUUCAAGCCUUACGGUCAAAACAUUCUACUAUUAUUUAUACAUGUUUGCGAAUGUAGCAGGAUGGACUUUUAUUUUUUUAGGAUCAAUUUUGAUUAUAAUCAUGGAGUGCAAAAUUAAUCUUGUAUUUUUUUUAAAAAAGACGAAAUGCAGGUUUUUUUAAGAAUCUCUAUUUUCUUGGAAAAAAUUAAUAUCAUGCGCUAAAUACGGAGUGUUAGUUUUUUGCUUAAUCACGUCAUAAAUGAUUUUUUUCCAAUAACUAAACCGUUUAAUCAAUUUCUGUCAACCUUUUGCAAUCAUUUACUACAUGCUUCUCUUUUCUUACGGAUGGCCAUAGUUUAAAUGGACAUAGGAUUGGAACACGAUUGAUUGCAUAUAAUUGGAUUACCAUUGAUUGGACAGAACUGGAAUCAUUGAUAUAACGAUUGCGUAAUUUUAUAAGAUAGGAACACGAUUGAUUGAUUGCAUUGAAUAUGAUCACGAAUGAUUGGUUGGAUGGGAUUGCGCGGGAUUUGGCCACGGAUUGCAUUGAAUAUGAUCACGAAUGAUUGGUUGGAUGGGAUUGCGCGGGAUUUGGCCACGAUUGCCCGGCUGUAGGAGACGGUUGUUGUUGUUGUUGUUGUGGUUCCCCGGUCUCAUUUUUACAAGAGA